GAGGCAGAAAGUACAGCUGUUGCUGCUUUUCAGAAUCUUUUACUAAGAUGCCCUUUCAAAACAGUUCUUCCUGGAAAAGGAAACAGAAACUGAUUUUGACAGGGGUGGUAGUGAUGCUUUUGGGCACCAUGACUGUUUUUGUGGUUUUUGGACUGCUCAGGCUUGGACAGAAGAAGAUCCCCACUGUAGAAGAACAGCAGUGGAAAGGCAGAGGGACCACUGAACAUCUGGUGGAAAUUGUCCUGGGAAGAUGUUACAACUUCAUCACUACAAUAAAUUCUGAACUCAGAAAUAAAGAUUGUCUCAGAGUAUGGAAACUAUUUGAACAGGCUUUUCUGUACAAGGACCCAUGCAGCAUGACAAAAGAAGAUUACCAACCUUUAAUGGACCUGGCAAGAUAUUCCAUACCAUGCAACAAGUCCUUAUUUUGGAGCAAAACAUAUGACCUGGCACAUCAUUACACGAAAACAAAUCAUGAUUUCCUCACCUUAGAAGAUACUUUACUAGGCUACAUAGCAGAUGGGAUUACCUGGUGUGGAAAUCCCUCUGAUUCAGGAGUCAAUUAUGAAUCUUGUCCAAACUGGACUGAGUGUGAAAAUAAUCCCAGUUCAGUAUAUUGGAAAUUGGCCUCUAAAAUGUUUGCAGAAACAUCCUGUGGAACAGUCCAAGUGAUGCUCAAUGGGUCAACAGCGACUGGAGCAUUUAGAAAAAGCAGCAUUUUUGGCAGUGUUGAAAUUGUUAACUUAAACCCAGAGAAAGUUUCCAAGAUGCAGAUUUGGCUAAUGCAUGACAUUGGUGGACCUCAGAGGGAAUCUUGCACAGGGCAUUCCAUUGCACAAUUGAGAGAGAUCUUGGAAAACCGAAAUAUAAGUGUCUCCUGCGAAGACAAUUACAGGCCAGCACAAUUACUUCAGUGUACUAGAAACCCCAACCACACCGCCUGCACAGUUUGUUCCUGAAAUCAUGUUUCCCUACAGGGGAAGACAGAAAAGUGAAUGUCAUCAGAUUCAAAGAAACUCUACAGAUAAUAUAAUUGUUCAAUUUAGAGAGCUUCUUUCUAUCAGAUAAUUUUAUACCACUCAGUAAGUUAGAGUUUCUGCUUUUCUUAGUGUCAUGUUUUUGUUCUAUUUUAUUACUAUUUUGUUCUAUUUUAUUGUAUGUAUCAUUGUUUACUGCUGCU